AGAAUCUGAAAUCUUUCGGACAUGUCAAAAAAUAAAAUAAAAUAACUUCCAUACAAAAUGAAGAGGAAGAGAUUAUUAUAAAAGAGAGAAUCCCAUCAACAAAGCCCCCUUCUGGAGGUCCUCUUUCUCUAUGUAAAUCGAUGGUGCACCAGAUGUGAAUAUGGUGCCUAAUGGGGCUUCAGAGAUCCAACAAGUUGAACAAACCAGCAAGGCAGAUUCAUCAAGGAAAGCAAAGGAAAUUGCAGCAAGAAAAGGAAUAACAAGGCCCCCACUCAAUUUCCUAGCGAUUUUGAAAGAUGCAAAUAUAUCAAUUGGCAUGUCUUCCCCUGACAAGCUGUGUGAGCAGCUCUACUCUGGAGUAUACUUAAAGCCCAACAAACUGAAGUAUUUUGUCGACAAGAAGUCAAACAAGAACUGCUUUGUGCUAUUUGCAAGAGAACUUAAUAUCAGUUGGAUUGAUAAGCCUCAAUAUUGGCGAUGGACCACAUUGAAGGAGACAAGGUAAGUUAAAUAAUGUGUAUAGC